CAACAAUACUAAAUUACAGUUCCCUGUAAUACCAUAGUGUAAACAUGACUCCUUAUCAGUUAUCUUUCCGUAAUUAUGUGUAUAUUUACUGAUCAUGAGGCGUAAUAGUGUUAAUUUAAUCGAAGUUAUGUUUGAGUGGCUCAAACCAUCACCUGUUUGGACCGGUGACCACAAAAAUCUCCUCCUUUCGGAAGAAAACAACACAGAAGACAUCCCAAACGUCAGUUUAAGCGAAAUAAUCGAGAAAAGUUCCCAAUUCCCGAUUAAAUUCCCUAUUGAUACAAUUCGUUGUUGCCAACUUAAGAAUCACACAGAGGUAAAAACCCUAGAAAAAAAUAUAAAUUCUGCUUAUCCGGUGAUUCACGAAAAUGCCUUGUAUCUAUGCUCGACGUUUCUGCUACAUCAGGAGAAAUACGGGGAGAAAAAGGAUUUUUAUAAAGGAAUGACCUUGUUGCAAUUUAUUGAUAGGUUGCUGAGUAAGAGGGCCGUGGUUUUUAUGGGGGCUGUCGAUUAUUACGUGUUGUUGGACAACAGAAGUGGCACUGGGAAGUGGGAAACAAUCGGAACAACGAGCGAAUCGCCCCCAUUGGUUUUGGAAAAUUGCCUGAGUUAUGACGAAAUAAAAUUAUCGGCUUUGUUGUCAGUCUCCUCGUUGAGUUACUUUAUCAAUGAUGGAGACCGAAAUAAUUGUGGUCACUUUGAGGAAAAUCGCGGAAAAGUUGAGGAAAAUGGUGUGAUUAUUGGAUUAAUUGGUCCCCGACUUGAAAAAUCUAGGGUAAUGGAAUAUCGUGAGAUUGUCAUUAGUGAGGGACAAAACACCAGUUGCUAUGGAUACGGCCCGUCAGACGUGCCAACUUUGCAGCAGGAGUUUUUAAAAUUCUAUGGCGGUUUGAGUGAGACUUAUGACCAGAUUUUGGGCCAAAUCAAGUCGAACCCUGAGCGAUUUUUCGAAUUUAGAAAAAACAAAUAUUUCGAUCGGUUGAUGUACCAAAAAAGACUUGCUUUAUCGAUUGACACUCUUUUGAUAGAAGCCAACGAUCGAGCCAAACAAGAACACAAAAAGGCUUAUGUUCACGUCGUGGGCUUGGGUUUGGGUGUAUGGAAAAUAGCCAACCAACAAAACAAACUCUUUAUGGACACAUUUGCCCAACGACUCGAGCUACUUGAAUUAGAACACAUCAGUGACGUCCGUUUCGCCUACAUUCACGAAACUUCAGCGGGGAAAUACUCAAACGGUGACAAAGUCAAAGGAAUCACGCUACAUAUGAGUGAUAAAAAUCCCCAGGAGAAACUAGUAGGGGAAGAUGAGGGCAAACUGUUGGUAGUAUCGUAUCCCUGGGACGGUAAUGCGUUACCCGGCAACGAAUUUUGGACAGGGAGUUUGAACGGGAGUGGCGACCCUGCAGCAGCUUGCUCCACACAGGUGGCAGAACUGCACAAUUGGCAUAUCAACCCCAAAGCCAGUGCCAGGAAUUUGAGGGUUGCCACGUUCAAGGGGCUGUACACGUUUAAGGAGUACCAAGAGAUGCACAAAAACGACUAAUUGUUUGUUAUAUGAAUUUUAAUAAAAUCUUAACCUCA